ACCGCCGCGCCGCCCUCUGCACCUUGCCCUAAGCGCCGCGCGGCUUCUCUCCUGGCGCGACCUUCUCCUGGGGGAGGAUUGGGUUCGGGGAUGGAGAAGGCUCGCCGGUAGAUGCACCUGCGGACUGCUGUCACCUUGUCACUUUUCGGGUGCUCAUUUGUCACUAACUGCUCCUGAGCCCCCAACCGCUGCUAGAGACCCACUCCCCUUAGCAUCCCCCAAAUUCGGCAUCCCCGGAAUUUGUGCGCGGUCCAUAGAUGCGCUGGUGCCUGCCCUAAAUGCCAAGGCCGUGAUCACGCUUCUUCAUCGUUGUAGCUCCUGAGCACGUAGGAUUUAUUGAGAGCGAUGGUUCUCUGAGGGGUCGAAGUGUGACCCCGCGUUCUGCUGCCUGCUUGCUUUUCUGGGUGUGUGUCUAGGCAUUCUCCUAGGAGUGGUCCCGAUAAAUAACAGCGCCUUGGAAAUAAACAGACUAGGAUCCACACUCAGUCUGUUGCCGACAAGCUGUGUGACCAACAGGUUAACCUUAGCCCAGUCACUUAUAAGAUAGAACCAUAUCUACCCCAUUUUGUUGUGAGAUAACGUAAAAUGCUCAUUGCAGUUGCUACAUUAAAUUCAAUAUAGCGUUCAAAGCCAUACUAGCUACCCUAGUAAAGCCACUAGUAAGAUUAAAGUUGGGUCACCAACUAGUAAAUGGAAGCAUUUGUCAAAAUUGAAUCAACCAAGGUACAAGGAUUGAGCAUACUAUCCAACCAAGGUAUUUGAGCACCUUUAAACAGCAUUCUUCAUCCGUUCAAAAAAUUAGACUUGGGCUUAAGACUCUGAAAGCAGCAGGGAAGCUUAAAACCUAACGAGGAUAAAAAUAAAAAUAGUAGGCGUUUGCUGGGAAUUUGUGGGUACAAAUGAAGCCCAGCCCUAUGCAUUGAUUUUAGGUUACAUAUCUCCCUUUCUCAGCUCCUACAGCGUUGAGAGUAUCUUGCUAGCUUUCACCUUUUCCUAGGACGUUGAAUUUUUUUCUAGGACAUUUGCAAAAUGCUGAGGCAGUAACUUUAAAUUUUGACUGUCUUUUGCUGAGUCAGAUCCAUUGAGUUUUGAGCCAGUCACAUAUGACAGAAGUGAUAACAGUAGAGUUUAAUCAAUUUCACACUAUUUUGUUCUGUAUUUUAUUGCAGGAACUGGGGAGAACCAGGGAGUCCUAAUAGGGAUGUGGGCCAGUAGGUAUCACAGUUGGGGCUGGGGAGCUGGCGUGUUUACAUCUCCUGCCUGCAGAGGGAGUUUUUGUUUUUGUUUUGUUUUGUUUUUGUUUUUGGUGGUGGUUUUUGUUUUUUGUUUGUUUGUUUUGUUCUUGUGAGACCGACAGACUCAUUCUGUCACCCAGGGUGGAGUGCAGUGGUGCGAUUUCAGCUCCCUGCAACUUCCGCCUGCCGGGUUCAAGCGAUUCUCCUGCCUCAGCCUCCCGAGUAGAUGGGGCUACAGGUGUGAGCCACCAAGCCCAGCUAAUUUUUGUAUUUUUAGUAGAGACAGGUUUUCACCGUUUUGGCCAGGCUGGUCUUGAGUGCCUGACCUCAAGUGAUCCACCCUCCUUGGCCUCCCAAAGUGCUGGGAUUACAGAGCUCACUUCUACUGGCCUGGGGAAAUCAUUCAAUUGAGGCCUCAAUCAACUGAGGCCCAGAAAAGCCAAGUUAAUUGUGGCUGCCUCUCUUGUUCAAGAAUUACCCUAGUCCACUUAUCUUUUUAAAGUUCUAUUUCAAACGGUACCCACUCCCUUUCCCAGAUGACUUAUCCAUUGGGUGCAGUAGGUACGAUGCCAAGGGCCCAUAAAACUUUUAGGAGCACUCAAAAAUGUUUAAUUUAUUCUAAAAUCUGAAGAAAAAAAUGAACUUUUAGGUGGCAUAUUAAGAUGUUAAUCUUACACCAGUGCAGAUGUAAAAUGUGACUUCUAUUUAUUGUUUACUUAUUUUUGUGACAGGAAGUACUUCACAAGGGCAAAAGUGCCUGGAGCUUAGAAAGUUCACAAUGUGGCCCUCCCCUUUUCCCUCAGUUUUGUGCCCCUCUUCAAGCCCCCAUUCAGAGUGUAAACAAUUUCCUCCUGGCUCCUGUCUUACUAUCAGCCUGUCCUGAUGCCCCCUAGCACCUGGCCUGGUGUCUGUCCUUACCAGGGCCUACAAGGACAAGACCAUCCAGGUGAAAGAGACCUCUUCCCUCCUUUCUCCUUUGCCUGCCCUUGUCCUGGGAACCUCCACUCCCCAGUUCCCACCCUUAUUCAUCCUCUCCCCCAUUUUCUUUUUCUUUUUUUUUUUUUUUUUUGAGACAGGGUCUUACUCUGUCGCCCAGGCUGGAGUGCAAUGGCACGAUCUCAGCUCACUGCAACGUCUGCCUCCUGGGUUCAAGUGAUUUCUCCUGCCUCAGCCUCCGGAGUAGCUGGGAGUACAGGUGUGCGCCACCAUGCCCGGCUAAUUUUUGUAUUUUUUAGUAGAGAUGGGGUUUCACCAUGUUGGCCAGGCUGGUCUUGAACUCCUGACCUCAGGUGAUCUGCCCACCUCGGCCUCCCAAAGUGCUGGGAUUACAGGCGUGAGACACCGUGCACAGCCUCAUCUCCCCCAUUUUCUAGACUGGCCCACAUAAAGCUUGAGACCCUCCGGCUUUCAAACCUGUAUUCUCCCUACUCACUCCUUAAUGUAACUGUAUGUUUACUUUUCACCUUGGGUCUGUAUUUCCAGAAGAGUUCUAAAUGGCAGAAUCAUGCUGUCUUGUUUAUAACCAAGUCACCUAUAUUAGGAAAGGCGGGUGUGGGGCAGAAAGAAAAAUAUUUCCAUAUGCUUAUUAAUUUGUCAGAUAGUAAUAUUGUGAGCUACGUUUUAACUUUCUUUAAGUCAUAUCUUUGAUGUUUUUAUUGUUACCAAAGUAAUACAAACUUCGUAAAACUGCAAGCAUUGUUGUCAUAUAAAGACCAUAUUCAUAACUAUCACACUAAGCAAAUAAUUUCCUCUUAUUUUAUUGCAUUCAUAAAUUUAUGUCAUUCUGAAUCUCAUAUACAAAAAAAAACAAUGAGAAAUUGAGACAUUUGGGAUUAGUAUUGUUUGGUAACUGAACCUAUUCCUUUUUUUGAGGUGGAGUCUUGCCCAGGCUGGAGUGCAGUGGUGCGAUCUCAGCUCACUGCAACUUCCACUUCCCAGUGACCUGCUUAGGGAGAAGCGGUGGGUCUGCGCCUGGAUUUCGGAGUCACAGUGCUGCUGCAGCUCUGAGCAUUCCCACGUCAUCAGAGGAGCCGGUGGGCAAUGAGAGCAUGUCUGCUUUCAGGUUGUGGCCUGGCCUGCUGAUCGUGCUGGGUUCUCUCUGCCGUAGAGGUUCAUCGUGUGGCCUUUCAACACACGUAGAAAUAGGACACAGAGCUCUGGAGUUUCUUCAGCUUCACAAUGGGCGUGUUAACUACAGAGAGCUGUUACUAGAACACCAGGAUGCAUAUCAGGCUGGAACCGUGUUUCCUGAUUGUUUUUACCCUAGCAUCUGCAAAGGAGGAAAAUUCCAUGAUGUAUCUGAGAGCACUCACUGGACUCCGUUUCUUAAUGCAAGCGUUCAUUAUAUCCGAGAGAACUAUCCCCUUCCCUGGGAGAAGGACACAGAGAAACUGGUAGCUUUCUUGUUUGGAAUUACUUCUCACAUGGUGGCAGAUGUCAGCUGGCAUAGUCUGGGCAUUGAACAAGGAUUCCUUAGGACCAUGGGAGCUAUUGAUUUUCACGGCUCCUAUUCAGAGGCUCAUUCGGCUGGUGAUUUUGGAGGAGAUGUGUUGAGCCAGUUUGAAUUUAAUUUUAAUUACCUUGCACGACGCUGGUAUGUGCCAGUCAAAGAUCUACUGGGAAUUUAUGAGAAACUGUAUGGUCGAAAAGUCAUCACCGAAAAUGUAAUUGUUGAUUGUUCACAUAUCCAGUUCUUAGAAAUGUAUGGUGAGAUGCUAGCUGUUUCCAAGUUAUAUCCCACUUACUCUACAAAGUCCCCGUUUUUGGUGGAGCAAUUCCAAGAGUAUUUUCUUGGAGGACUGGAUGAUAUGGCGUUUUGGUCCACUAAUAUUUACCAUCUAACAAGCUUCAUGUUGGAGAAUGGGACCAGUGACUGCAACCUACCUGAGAAUCCUCUGUUCAUUGCAUGUGGCGGCCAGCAAAACCACACCCAGGGCUCGAAAAUGCAGAAAAACGAUUUUCACAGAAAUUUGACUACAUCCCUAACUGAAAGUGUUGACAGGAAUAUAAACUAUACUGAAAGAGGAGUGUUCUUUAGUGUAAAUUCCUGGACCCCGGAUUCCAUGUCUUUUAUCUACAAGGCUUUGGAAAGGAACAUAAGGACAAUGUUCAUAGGUGGCUCUCAGUUGUCACAAAAGCACAUCUCCAGCCCCUUAGCAUCUUACUUCUUGUCAUUUCCUUAUGCGAGGCUUGGCUGGGCAAUGACCUCAGCUGACCUCAACCAGGAUGGGCAUGGUGACCUCGUGGUGGGCGCACCAGGCUAUAGCCGUCCCGGCCACAUCCACAUUGGGCGCGUGUACCUCAUCUACGGCAAUGACCUGGGCCUGCCGCCCGUUGACCUGGACCUGGACAAAGAGGCGCACAGGAUCCUUGAAGGCUUCCAGCCCUCAGGUCGGUUUGGCUCGGCCUUGGCUGUGUUGGACUUUAACAUGGACGGUGUGCCUGACCUGGCCGUGGGAGCUCCCUCGGUGGGCUCCGAGCAGCUCACCUACAAAGGUGCCGUGUAUGUCUACUUUGGUUCCAAACAAGGAAGAGUGUCUUCUUCCCCUAACAUCACCAUCUCUUGCCAGGACAUCUACUGUAACUUGGGCUGGAGUCUCUUGGCUGCAGAUGUGAAUGGAGACAGUGAGCCCGAUCUGGUCAUUGGCUCCCCUUUUGCACCAGGUGGAGGGAAGCAGAAGGGAAUUGUGGCUGCGUUUUAUUCUGGCCCCAGCCUGAGCGACAAAGAAAAACUGAACGUGGAGGCAGCCAACUGGACGGUGAGAGGCGAGGAAGACUUCUCCUGGUUUGGAUAUUCCCUUCACGGUGUCACUGUGGACAACAGAACCUUGCUGUUGGUUGGGAGCCCGACCUGGAAGAAUGCCAGCAGGCUGGGCCAUUUGUUACACAUCCGAGAUGAGAAAAAGAGCCUUGGGAGGGUGUAUGGCUACUUCCCACCAAACGGCCAAAGCUGGUUUACCAUUUCUGGAGACAAGGCAAUGGGGAAACUGGGUACUUCCCUGUCCAGUGGCCAUGUACUGAUGAGUGGGACUCUGACACAAGUGCUGCUGGUUGGAGCCCCGACGCAUGAUGACGUGUCUAAGAUGGCAUUCCUGACCGUGACCCUGCACCAAGGCGGAGCCACUCGGAUGUACGCGCUCACAUCUGACGUGCAGCCUCUGCUGCUCAGCACCUUCAGCGGAGAUCGCCGCUUCUCCCGAUUUGGUGGCGUUCUGCAUUUGAGUGACCUGGAUGAUGAUGGCUUAGAUGAAAUCAUCAUGGCAGCCCCCCUGAGGAUAGCAGAUGUAACCUCUGGACUGAUUGGGGGAGAAGAUGGCCGAGUUUAUGUAUAUAAUGGCAAAGAGACCACCUUUGGUGACAUGACUGGCAAAUGCAAAUCAUGGAUAACUCCAUGUCCAGAAGAAAAGGCCCAAUAUGUAUUGAUUUCUCCUGAAGCCAGCUCAAGGUUUGGGAGCUCCCUGAUCACCGUGAGGUCCAAGGCAAAGAACCAGGUCGUCAUUGCUGCUGGAAGAAGUUCUUUGGGAGCCCGACUCUCCGGGGCACUUCACGUCUAUAGCCUUGGCUCAGAUUGAAGAUUUCACUGCAUUUCCCCACUCUGCCCACCUCUCUCAUGCGGAAUCACAUCCAUGGUGAGCAUUUUGAUGGACAAAGUGGCACAUCCAGUGGAGCUGUGGUAGAUCCUAAUAGACAUGGGGCUCCUGGGAGUAGAGACACACACUAACAGCCACACCCUCUGGAAAUCUGAUACAGUAAAUAUAUGACUGCACCAGGAAUAUGUGAAAUAGCAGACACUCUGCUACUUCAUGUCUCCUUCUCCAGUUUACUUCCUCGCUCCCUUUGCAUCUAAACCUUUCUUCUUUCCUAACUUACUGCCUGUAGUCAGACCUGCUGUACAACCUAAUUCCUCUUCCUCUUGAAUGUCUUUCCAGUGGCUGGAAAGAUCCCUCUGUGGUUAUCUGUUAGAACAGUCUCUGUACACAAUUCCUCCUAAAAACAUCCUUUUUAAAAAAAAGAAUUGUGCAGCCAUAAAGAAAGAACAAGAUCAUGCCCUUUGCAGGGACAUGGAUGGAGCUGGAGGCCAUUAUCCUUCAUAAACUAAUGCAGGAACAGAAAACCAAAUACUGCAUGUUCUCCCUUGUUAGUGGGAGCUAAAUGAGAACACGUGGACACAUAGAGGGAAGCAACACAGUGGGGCCUAUGAGGGCAGAAGGUGGGAGGAGGGAGAGAUCAGGAAAAAUAACUAAUGGAUACUUAGGGUGAUGAAAUAAUCUGUGUAACAAACCCCCAUGACACACCUUUAUGUAUGUAACAAACCUGCACUUCCUGCGCGUGUACCCCUGAACUUAAAAAAAUUGAACUUAAAAGUAACAGAUUGGUGGCCCAUGCCAAUCAAAGUAUAAUAGAAAGCAUAGUAUACAGAAAAAAAAAAAAACUGAGGGAGGGAAAAUAGUACAGAGAAAAGCAUGGGGGUGAGGGAUAACCUCACAUUCCAAAUCACUUGUGACUUAGUCCUUUUUAACUUUUAUGUUAGGUUCAGGGGUACAUGUGAAGGUUUAUCUUUUCUGCUCCUCCCACUCCCCCCACCUUCCCCCCUCAAGUAGACCCCAGUGUCUGUUGUUUUCUUUGUGUUCAUAAGUUCUUAUAACUUAGCACCCACUUGUAAGUGAGAACAUGCUGUAUUUGGUUUUCUGUUCCUGUGUCAUGUGUUAGUUUGCUAAGGAUUGAUAGUCUUUUUUUUUUUUUUUUUUGAGACGGAGUCUUGCUCUGUUGCCCAGGCUGGACUGUAGUGAUACGAUAUCAGCUCACUGCAGCCUCCGCCUCCCAGGUUCAAGUGAUUUUCCUGUCUCAGCCUCCCAAGCAGCUGGGACUACAGGUGCACAAUACUAGGCCUGGCUAAUUUUUUUAUUUUUAGUAGAGACGGGGUUUCACCACGUUGGCCAGGCUGGUCUCGAACUCCUGAAUUCAGGUGAUCCGUCCACCUUGACCUCCCAAAGUGCUGGGAUUAGAUGCGUGAGCCACAGGACCUGGCCGAUAAUCCUUUCUUAAUGAGGAUUAAUACCUUUUCAAUGUUUAUAUAGUGAAGCACAAAUAUAAAAAGUAAGGCUAUCACCCUUCUGUGCCUUCCAGUGCUUUUGUAGAGUUGGCUGUUCUAACACCUAAAGAGCCUAGCUACACUGCUAGUUUUAAGCCAUCUCAUGAGAGACCUUUGUCGCAUUAGGUUACAACUCGUGCCAAAAGAACUAGAAGGAAAAGAUGCGGCCUCAGCCACAGGCUACUGUAAGGGCCGGAGAGGAAAGCAGGCCUUAGCCUCGCUUGUUCCUGGGCUGUUUUUCGUAGGAUGGAUUUCAUUUGUCAGUCCUGCUGUGUGGCACAUUUAAGGGAAAGGAAUGUAUCAUAGGGUUUCAGUUUCAGUAAACAUUAGCGGGCAUUAUCUGUAAACAGUAACUAGUUUAUUUUGUGUUAAAUUGGGAAGAACCUCUUUCUUCUGCCACGGGUGAGAUGAUACUAAAAGCAGGAGAAAAUAAAUGAGAAGAGCCCUUCUCUUCUCAGCUUCUCUCAAGGCAGAGUAGAGAUUGGUGAAAAGGGGACAGGAAGAGGAAUCCAGCUGAAGAGUAGAAAGUUAACAAGAACAUCAACAGGCACAUCCCUAGAGAGCAUCUCUGGGUCACUCCCCGGAUGACCUCAUUUUUCUGGAAGAGGUACAUCUGCUAGCUGCAUAGUAACCUAUGGCACAGCAAAAGCACAAGGAAGCGCCAUUCGGUUUCGUUUAGGUACAAUUAUUGGUAGCCCAACCUAUCUGAAGAAUUACUUUUAAUUAAAAGGGUGGUUAUUUUUAGGGGACCAGAAAUUACUUAGUUGUAUUCACUUAUGAGUUGAGCAGUUUGGUAGAGCAGACUCUGACAUCUGACACUUCAGUAAAGGGAUGUUUUUCUCAGUACUGGGUCUUUUCAUUAGACGGAUGCAUUUAUGUAAAGUGUCAGUGAUUUUAUGCUUCACUAAAUGUUAAGGCCUGUGUUUAAACAUGACCAUUAUUUACCUCACGAUUUAUAUUUUUCUCAAUGCCUGAAUACACCCAAUAGCAAGCAACAGGUGGAGGUUAAGACCCACAAAAAUGGAAGCUUCAAGUUUAUAGGACAUUUAACCAUACUAACCCCACUGUCAAAAACAAUGUAAAUUAUACUCCUAUUGUAAAAGGUCAACUGAUAUGGCAAAUAUGUAAAAAACCUGGCAUACAGGAAAAAAUUAAUGCAUGACAGUCUAAUAUAGUAUCCUGAUAUGUGGAUUAAAUUUUCAUUCCACUAAGUAUAAACUAUAGCUUUAAGCAUUGAUUCUGCUUAAUAACUAAAAUGUAAAGACCUUAACCUUGUAGGGUUGUAAUUUCUCAUUAACAGAAAUCUGUUUAUACAAGUUUAACUCAAAUUUAUCUUUAUUUCAAGAUAUCAGAAGACAUUUACAUCUUUGCAUUUUCUGUCUUGCUACUAUCUGCGUAUAUGUAACAGCUCUUCUCAAGGCUUCAAGAUAGGAAUUGUUUUAUGCCUUUGUAUCACAGACCUAAGAGACCAAAGUUAUUUGAAGAUGGAGUGGGGACAAAACUGGGGUCUCUGCAGUCCCUACUCCAUGUACCAUCCAUUAGCUCACCUCUGUGGAUAUUAGUAAAGUCAUGAGAGUCAAAUCCAAAGUGCAACUUUCAUAUUGCAAUUCCAAAACAUAAAGCUGUAUACAACUCUUGGAAUAACUCACCAAAAUAAAUAGCUUUUUAAUAUAAAA